AUGCUGUUCAUACUACAUAUUUUGCGUUUUCUUGAAGAAGAAUUUGCAACAGAAGAUGUUCAGAUUCACGAGAGAGCCUUUCCCCACAUGGACACCUUGACUAUGACAGGUAACAGCUUCGGAGAUAUUUCGGAUGGGCUUUUUACGGAAGGUAAGGUACCUCCUAUUGCUUUGUUCCUUAUCCUGGUGGAACUGAACCCAGCUCUACUAUUUACAGGGGAAGUCCAUUCAAGUCUGUCACUGCUCAACCUAACGGGUAACGGCAUAACGAAGAUCUCUUCGGAUACCUUCAAGGGAGCACCGGCAGUUCAAUUCCUCUACCUUAAUGAUAACGACAUCAGACAAGCUGGACGUUAUGCCUUUGAACCAAUGCAAAGGUUGCGAGUUCUAGACAUGACCGGAGCCCUCGGUAGACGAUCGGCAGCCUCGAAGGCUGACUUGAUCUCAAUACUCUUUGAGACCGAGAAACGAGGCUUCGUUGAACUGGCCGAGUUGAAGCUCGCCAACAAUCAAAUAGGAAAACUCUAUAAGGAUACCUUUUGCAAGGUGCUCGGCCUUCGUCGGCUCGAUCUUUCCAACAACAAUCUGAGCUACUUCGAAGUGGCGCCGAACUGCCUUCGAUCACUCGAGGCGCUCGAUCUGAGCGGAAAUCACUUCACCGUGGUACGUACUAAAUAUUCGAGUGCAAGCGCUCAGUUCACAGGCUUAUCUGUUCGUUUUUUUAAGUUCCCUACAACACUGUGGGAUUCUCUGGAGUCGCUGAGCACACUGGACAUCUCCGGAAAUCCUCUCAACUGUGACUGCUCAAUGCAGCCGUUCUCAGCGAUAGCUAAACAGGAGAAGUACAGUUUCUUGAAUCAGGGCAAAACCCUCUGCGCUUCACCGCCCAAUCGAGCCGGAAAAAACCUCUUCGAGCUGAAGGAAGAUUUGUGCAAGUCGAGCAGUUGGGGACUGGGUACCCUCAUACUGCUCGUAGUCGUUUCCGCUGCAUGUCUGCUCGUCUAUCGCCAUUACCGAAACCGGAUUCCUGUGCCGCCGGCGUUCCAGUUCGGGUAUAGUGGUUUAGACAGUGACGACGACGCCGUUCGACCAGAGUUCGUCUAG